AUGGUGCUCACCCUCCCUGUCACUAUUACUGGUUUUAUUAAAUGUAUCUGCUAUGAUUCCGCUGCCCACCAUCAGCCCACCUUGUGUUUUUACUACGAAUCAGAUCACGGGAAGCAUCUUCAAGUGCACGGCCUGGCCCCCAUGGCGCCCUCCCGGCUGCUGCCCGGGGCCUGCUGGAUUCUGCUACUGUGUGGCUGCCUGCUGCCCCCAGGUGUCCAGGGGCAGGAGUUCCCGCUGCGGGUGGAGCCCCAGGACCCGGUGCUGCGUGCCGGAGAGUCCCUGCUGGUCAACUGCAGCACCGACUGCCCCGACUCGGACUUCAUCACGCUGGAGACCCUGCUCUCCAAGAAGCUGGUGGGCCAGGGCCAGGGCUGGGUGGCCUUCCUGCUCAGCGGGGUGUCGGGCAACAGCCAGAUCCUGUGCUCCGGCUACUGCAAUGGCUCCCAGGUGACCAGCACCUCUCAUAUCACCGUGUACGGGUUCCCGGACAGCGUGGAGCUGGCGCCCCUGCCCCUCUGGCAGCCCGUCGGGGAGGACCUCACCCUGCGCUGCCGGGUGGUGGGCGGGCAGCCCCGGGCCCGGCUCUCGGUGCUACUGCUCCGCGGGGAGGAGGAGCUGAGCCGGCAGCCGGCGCUGGGGGAGCCCGCGGAGGUAACGGCCACGGUGCGGGCCGACAGAAGCGACCACGGCGCCAAUUUCUCCUGCGUCACGGAGCUGGACCUGCGGCCCCUGCGCUUGGGGCUGCUCAAGAACGUCUCGGCCCCCAGGCAGCUGCAAACGUUCGUGCUGCCCCUCACUCCUCCGAGCCUCGCCGUCUUCCCGCUCUUGGAGGUGGGAACUUCGUGGCCGGUGGUCUGCCACCUGUCCGGCCUGUUCCCGGCCUCCGCGGCCCAGGUCCGGCUGGCGCUGGGAGACCAGAUGCUGAAUCCCCAAGUCACGAGGGACGGGGACGCGCUCAACGCGACGGCCACGGUCACAGAGCGGUCAGGCCACGAGGGAGCGCGCGAGGCGGUCUGCAGCGUGACCCUGGCCGGCCGGAGUCGCGAGGCCCGGAAGAACGUGACCGUCUAUAGCUUCCUAGGGCCAGUUCUGAACCUGAGCGAGCCCAACGCCACCGAGGGGUCCAGCGUGACGGUGACUUGCGCGGCCGGGGCCCGGGUCCAGCUCGUGCUGGACGGGGUUCGGGCCGCGGCUCCGGGGCAGCCCGUCCACUUGCAGCUAAAUGCCACCGAGCGCGACGACGGGCGCAGCUUCUUGUGCGGCGCCAGCCUCCGGGUGGACGGCCACGUUGUGCGCCGCAACAGGAGCGCCCGCCUGCGUGUCCUGUACGGCCCCACGAUUGACCGGGCCACGUGUCCCCAGCACGUGGCGUGGAGAGAAAGGACGACCCACGUCCUGCAUUGCGAGGCUCGCGGCAACCCGGCCCCCCAGCUGCGGUGUUUGCAAGAGGGCUCCAGGCGCGAGGUGCCGGUCGGGGUCCCGUUCUUCGUCCAGUUAAACUACAGUGGCACGUAUCGCUGCCAGGCGGCCAGCCCGCGGGGCACGGACACCCUGGUCGUGGUGGUGGACGUUCAAGGUAUGAACUCCUCGACCGUCAGCAUCGUCCUAGGAGUGCUGGCCACCCUGGGCCUCGUGACGGUCGCAGCGGCCUCCCUGCACGUCUUCGGGGUGCAGAAACGGAGCGGAAGCUACCCGGUGAAGCAGCCGGGCCCCUCGCUGCCCCUCCAGGCCAUGCAGCCCGAGGAAGGGGAUGGCGGACAGCCGUCCUGA